AGCGGGUGUCGACGCUGCCGUGCCGCGCAGAGAAUGGUCAGAUAACGGAGAUAAGGCAAUCUCAUGUCACUGUGGACGCUGCAAGGAAUGGAAAGGCUGGACAAUGCAGCAUCUCUAAUCCAUCCAAUUUGUCUUGGAUUUAAUGGCAGUUAUUUGGAGAUGUCCAGCUGAUAAAGAAUAUCGAGCCGGGACCCGGCAUGGUCGGGAUAUCAGGACAAUCUGGAUAUUUUAUUGGGGCGCACUGUGACGAUGAAUUGGCAGCAUUUGGUGUGUCUGUGGAUACCAAAGCAAUACCGAUGCAACACUGAAGCAAGACUGGUUGGUGCAUAGCAUUGGAGGAGCGUGUUUACACACGGAUCACUGACAGCUAAGCUCAAUAAACCCAAAACAGUUUAGAGUAUUGCUGCGCAUCUCGUCUCAUGCGUUUGUCUCCCGCAGACCUCCUGCACAAGACCCUUUCUGCGUUUGGAGACGCGGCGGAGACUCCGGAGUGGAAAGUCAGGAAAGGACGGGGCUGCGUCCGCGGGAACUGUUGUGAUUAGGCCCUGCAGCAAGGUAGCAUGUGGGUAUAAAUAAAAGCUUCAGUGGCAGUUUUUGCGCUCAUGUUCCCUUUAUCUGGAGCUGACCUGCGCCUUAAAAUGAAAAGCUGAUCUUUUCAUUCAGCUGGACAGAAAGCAGAUUCAUAUCUGGUUUGCUUUCUGAGAUAUAAAAAAAACAAACACUGCAGAGGAUUUGUUUUUGAAUAAAGUUUUGCCAAGUCCUGUAAACAAAACGUGGUUUAGUUCAGCCAGUAUUACUGUAUCUUCCCAGUGGACCUGAAUUGCACGGAAAACCGAGUAAUGAAAAUACACUGACUACUCUCCAAGAAAACGUUCAACAACACAGUUUAACUGGAUUUGCACAAUCAGACUUUUGGUGAUCACAACUUGGCAAGAACCAAUUUAAAAGCACUUUUUUCUUUCUGUUUUCUUUUUCUUUUCUUUUUUUUCUUUUUUUUUAAACUUUUCUGGCGUUUUUUUCUCUUCUUUUUCAACUUUUCCCUUUAUGUGUGGUAUUUUGCAACUCUGACUUUUCCCAAAUAUUUUUCCAAUGAGUGAGACAGUGUGCAGGCAGCUGAGUGGACUUGGACUGGAACAGAGCAGACAGCGAGUGAACCUUGCCGUCUCAAGUGCGUCAAAACAGACGGUAACGUAGAGGAAUGCAGGGACUGACGUCAAGAGUGGCAAUAAUGAACUACUCAAAAUCUUGGGAAGGUCUGCUUGUGUUUCUCCUGUCACUACACUGCUAACUGAGUGGACAUUUCCCUGAAAAGGCUUUUGUUUGUGCACUCUUUUUCUUUUUUUACUUUUAAGAUUUAACAAUCAUUGCCCUAGUGCUUAGAAAGUGGCCCCAUAUUUUGCCUUACUUUUUUUUUCAUCUCUGCUGUCUUUAAAAUAACAGGACUUGCUGUGCAGUUUUUGAUUUUUUGGAUAGAUUAAACAGCAACAUGGCAUCUCCCCAACAUCAACAACUGCUGCCACACAACACAGAAGUGAGCUGUGACUCAAGUGGAGAUGGAGGCGUCUCGGUGAGGAUUGGCAGCAGUGUCAAACACAAGCAUGGAGGUGGGCCGCUUGGUUCAAUCGGAGGAGGCUUCAUUGGGGGAUCCAAGCACUGCAAGUACAGCAUCUCCUCGAGCUGCAGCUCCGGGGAAUCUGGAGUCAGGAAGCCAGCAGUGAAGAGCUUUCGCACGCAGAAAAAGAUGCCUCAGCUUUUUGAGAGAUCAGCAGGUCACUUCUGGGACCCAAAGUUUGACUCCUCAAUCCUGGAGGAGGCCUGUAGAGAACGGUGUUUCCCUCAGACCCAGCGGCGCUUCCGCUAUGUGCUCUUUUACCUGGUUGCUGUUGGCUUCCUCUGGGGAUUGUACUUUGCUGCCAACCCUUCCCGCUGUGAUAGGACUGCCUUUCUCAUUCCCACCGCAUCCUUCCUCCUUUUCUGCCUCCUCCUCUUCCUCUUAACUUUUACUAAGCUCUACUCUCGCUGCUACAGUCAAGCAUCUCUGCUGCUCAUAAUUGUAACUUUCAUCCUCACCCUGGCCCCCCAGAUCCAGACAUCAGGCUUCAGGGACCCAGAUACUCCUACACCUACACUUGACGUGGAAGAGUUCACUGGCAUGGGGCCCACAUACAACCUGUCCUAUGACAAGCUUGUAGGAGGUAGCACCUGGUCCCCCUGUCUUUCUCCUGUAGGCACCUUCUCCCUCUGUAUCGAGGUUCUUCUGUUGCUGUACAGUGUUCUCCAUGUUCGCCUCUAUGCUUCUGUCUUGCUCGGGUUUCUCUACUCUGUCUUUUUUGAGAGUUUGGGCUGGCUGCACCUGACCCAGGUAGGGGAGAACUGGAGUAUAGCCUCUCAAUCAGACUGGGAUACUUUAAGAUGGCUGGGCCCAGCCAAAGCCUUGCUCCACCUCUGCGCCCACGCUAUCGGCAUCCACCUGUUCAUCAUGUCUGAGGUGCGGUCACGCAGCACGUUCCUCAAGGUGGGACAAGCUAUAAUGCAUGGCAAAGAUCUGGAGGUGGAGAAAGCCUUGAAGGAGCGAAUGAUCCAUUCUGUCAUGCCCAGAAUCGUGGCUGAUGAACUGAUGAAGCAGGGUGACGAGGAGAUAGGUGAUAAUUCUGUUAAACGAUACUCCACCAGCGGUGCAGCAGCCGCCAUAUCCAGCCCCAAAAACAAUAAACGCAAGAAAACCUCCAUCCCUCGAGGACAGAUAAUCUUCAGACCCUUCAACAUGAAACGGAUGGAGCCCGUCAGCAUCCUCUUUGCAGACAUUGUGGGCUUCACAAAAAUGUCUGCCAACAAAUCUGCUCAUGCCCUCGUGGGGCUUCUGAAUGACUUGUUUGGACGUUUUGAUAGACUGUGUGAGCUCACCGGCUGUGAAAAGAUCAGUACUCUAGGGGACUGUUACUACUGUGUGGCUGGUUGUCCUGAACCCAGACCAGACCAUGCCUAUUGCUGUGUGGAGAUGGGCCUCGGCAUGAUCCAAGCUAUUGAACAGUUUUGCCAGGAGAAGAGGGAGAUGGUGAACAUGAGGGUGGGUGUCCACACUGGCACAGUGCUGUGUGGUAUCUUGGGCAUGAAACGCUUCAAGUUUGAUGUUUGGUCAAAUGAUGUCAAUCUGGCCAACCUAAUGGAGCAGCUGGGAGUGGCUGGGAAGGUCCACUUGUCACAGGCCACUGCCAACUUCCUAGAUGACCGCUACCAGCAUGAGGACGGACAGGUCACUGAGAGAAUUGGACAGAGUGUGGUGGCUGACCAGCUCAAAGGCCUGAAGACCUACUUGAUCUCUGGCAGGAAGGUGGAGCCUCACUCUCACUGUAGCUGCUCCCAGUUGGGGUUGGCUGGACCAGAGCAUGCAGAUCCUCGGAGUCCCACAACCAGAGUGCACACACCUGAUGGAGCCCCUUCGGCCUGCACCAUGGCCCCUGACAGAGCCAAGUCUCCCUGUCUGUCCUGUAGUGUGGUCCUGAUGCCAGGGGAGGAUCAGGUUCUGGAGGAAGGAGCGGUGCUCAAUGGCUGCCAUGACGACCACAAAACCAACAGCAGCAAGGACUCUAUGAAUCUGAAGUCCUCCCCAGUGGUUUCUGCAGGGCGCACCCCCAAGGCUCUGAACGGCCUGCUAAGUCCUCGGCUGGAAGCACUGAACAACAGCCAAACGUCACUGUGCGAGAUGCUGCAGGAGAAGGAGAAGAAGACGUGGAGUGGAGGCUCCAUGGGCAUGGACCACUCAGCGCUCAUCCCUCUGCGCUCAAAGAACUUCAGGGAGAGGAGCGAUGCCCACUUUGUGGACGUUAUCAAAGAGGACAGCCUUAUGAAGGACUAUUUCUACAAACCUCCUACAAACAAGCUGAGCCUCACCUUCCUGGAGAAGAGCCUGGAGUCUGCUUACCGGAUAAGCUACCAGGAGGAGGUGGAGACCCAAGCAGCAGUGCAGACUUUUGCCAGCCCAACAUUCAGUUCUUUCCUGGACAUGCUGCUGUGCUUUUCAGUGUUUUUGGCUCUCUCACUGGCUUGUUUCCUUCAACCACUUAUCACAAAGCAGAGUCUGUCCACUCCGGCACUCAUUCUGACAGCUGUAGCCGCCUUGUUGGAGGCUCUGGCUCUGCUGUUUUCUAUACGUAUGGCUUUCUACCUGGACAGUACUCUGAAUUGCACUCGGGUGCUAAUGAGAGCAGUCUCAGGGUGGAUAGCUCGUCACUUUUUAGGAGCUGUCUUGGUGUCCCUGCCUGCUGUGGCCGUCUUCUCCCAUGUCACCUGUGACAUGCAUCUCUCCAUCCAGUUCACUAUGUUCAUCUGCUGUGCUGUCAUCAUAGCUAUCAUCCAGUAUUGUAACUUCUGCCAGCUCAGCUACUGGAUGCGUUCAACUCUAGCAACAUUGGUGGGACUGGGACUGCUUGCCUUGCUCUUUAGCUCCCCUUGCAGUGUUGCUAAGAGUCUGUUUUUCUGGUCUGACAGACAGAAUAACAGCAGUAACAGCUCCAUUGUCAUGUCUGACAGCCCAGUAGUCCCUGACCCACAGUCCUACCCACAGGACCUGCUGGGCCCUGAGGCCUGCGUGGCCUUUUUCCUGCUCCUUCUCCUGGUGUGGUUCCUUAACCGUGAAUUUGAGGUCAGUUACCGCCUGCAUUACCAUGGCAAUGUGGAAGCAGAUCAACACCGCAUCAAGAUCCAGAACAUGAGGGACCAGGCUGACUGGCUGCUUCGCAAUAUCAUCCCCAUCCAUGUAGCUGAGCAGCUAAAGGUCACCCAGAGCUACUCCAAGAACCAUGACAAUGUGGGUGUUAUAUUUGCCAGUAUUGUUAACUUCAGUGAGUUUUAUGAGGAAAGCUACGAGGGAGGCAAGGAAUGCUACCGUGUCCUCAAUGAGCUAAUUGGCGACUUUGAUGAGCUGUUACGGAAGCCUGCCUUCACAAAUAUUGAAAAGAUCAAGACCAUCGGUGCCACAUACAUGGCAGCAGCUGGUCUCAAUGCGCAGCAGUGCGCAGAUGCGGCACAUCCUCAUGCCCACCUCCGUGCUCUUUUUGAAUUUGCCCUAGAAAUGAUGCACGUGGUGGACGACUUCAACAAAAACAUGCUUGGCUUUGGCUUUAAGCUUCGCAUUGGGUUCAAUCACGGCCCUCUGACAGCAGGGGUGAUUGGCACCACUAAGCUUCUUUACGACAUCUGGGGUGACACAGUGAACAUCGCCAGUCGCAUGGAUACAACAGGUGUAGAGUGUCGUGUCCAGGUCAGCGAGGAGAGCUACUGUGUGCUCAGUGGCAUGGAUUAUGAGUUUGAUUACCGUGGCACAGUUAAUGUCAAAGGAAAAGGUCAGAUGAAGACCUUCCUUUACCCUAAAAGCAGUGACAGUGGCCCUGUGCCUCAAUACCAACUCUCAGUUUCACCAGAGAUCCGGGCACAAGUAGAUGGCAGCAUUGGGCGCUCACCCACUGAUGAAAUUGCCAGCAUGGUGCCUGCAACCAGCAUGACUACAAGCAGUACCAGUACAAUGGUACCCAGUGCCAGCGCUGGUUCCUCUACUACCACAGGGCUUAGUCAUGGGAAAGAGGUGGGAAGCCGUGAAAGAUGCCCCUCCGCAGAGAUUUCUCAUGCCAGACGAUCUAUGUCUCACAGUGGCCUGACAUCUAUACCUGUUACCAAUUUAGAAGGACCUUCUCCUUCUGCAAAUAACAAACAUCUCAUUAUCGCGUCUUCAGUCCAGCAAAAUGCACCCCAGAAUUCAACAAAGUCCCUGAAAGACAUCAAGACAGACAAAUAUGAGGAUGACAGUAAUAUUGGAGAGUUAACCAGACUUUAAGAAUUUGCUACAGUAAAUUGUCUACCCUUUAAGCUCUUGUUCCUGCCAUUUGGCAUUUGUAGAAUUGCUGUACAUUUGGUCCCAUCAAAACACCCACAGGCUUCUUCUCUGCAUCAGCCAGGCAGCAGGUUGUUGUUAGUGUAUAUCUGAUCGGCUGAUAUUAUCAGUGAAGGGUGCUGGGUGGACCACAAAAAGAGUGUCAGGCAGGAACAGAGGGAAAAUGGGGAGAUGUGAUGGCUGACUCUGAAUCUUCUAUUGCCUGUUACAGAUCCCAUCGUCUCCCAUUAACUUACUUGAUUAUCUUUACUCCUUUAAUCUUGAUUAUUUCUUUCAUAUGUCUUUUAAGUGCCUUUAGAAUAGAAUAAUGUGUAGACUAAGCCUUUUUGAGUAAGGGAAGAAUAACAUAAAGGGAAAACUGUAAAUUAGCAAACUUUUUAGAAAAAAAUGAUUUGCUUUUGUUACAAUUUUACUUUGUAAACUAUGUUUUGCUAUGAUAUUUUGCCUUUUAUUCACGAAGAGCUCAGAAAGCUGACUUUACACAUGGAAAGUGCUACGAUGUGAGGAGAAUCACAAUGUGUGCUGAGUGAAGGGAAAUAAGAGAUCACUCCAAGAUAUGUAUUAGUAAAAUCUGCUCUGAAAUGCAGCAGAUCCUGUUUCCAUGUUCUUCAUGGAAACCAGAAAACUCAUCAUGAAAGGCACAGCAGAGACUAAUCCAAUACAGGCAAAGGACAGAUGAAGCCAAGCUGUGUGUCGUGUGAGAGUAUUUGCAUACAUACAGUGUGCAAGUGUGUGUUUAUGUGGGUUAGGGUUAGGGUAUGUGUCUGCGUAGUAAGAUCAUUUAGGGUUUAAUGAGGAGAGGUGCCUAUGAGUUACUCGGCUGACUUGGUGAAACUGCAGGAUGACAAACACUUUAGGAACGCAGUCGAAAAAAAAAUCUUGUUUGCUGAUGUGGCAGCUUUUUCUCUGGCCUCAGUUAAGAUCUUUGUAGUGCCUCAGUAUCGAGGCAUGAUGGUCUCAGCUAAAUUAAUCAGCAUGCUUGCAACAACAGCACCAUAGAUGAGGCUAACUGCUACUAGUGUUUGUGCCCUCCCCCAUGAUCCAGGCUCUGGUGGGAAGUCAGGUUGUGUUUAGUGUUGAUGAGUAUUUCAGUGGGUCCCACCAGGCACUGCUGUACCUGUAGAGUGUCUUUAGCCUUGACUUUAGAUAGAGAAAACAAUAGCCUAGGUUUGCUAUAAGGAUUACACUGUGUGUUAGUUGAUAGUGCUUUUAAGAUAUGGAUAAUCAAAGUGGAAUGUCACAAAUCAAAAUUAAAUGUGUUUUAUUGUAUUUAUUGUUACACAAAACUUGAAACUGUUCAUGUGAAGCAGCCCUCUCUAAUUUCUCCUAUCUGAAAGACAUUACUGGAUACAAACAGCUGGAUGCAUUAGCUGCUUCAGUCUCGCAGUGGCAUGAAACUUAGUGUAAUAGCACUGUAAAAGCAAAGGCAGUCCAAAUGUAUUUCAUAUGUGAUGCCCUAGGUGUUUUUACUCUUUUUUACUUAAACAAUUUCAUGUUGUUAUGUUAGAUUAUUAAGGAAAUCAAACUGAUGAAACUAUACAUCUCUUGCUGUUACAUUUUCUUUGUCACUGUUUCUUAGCAGAAGGGAUUGUGUGCUCAGAGGCAAAAAAAGAAUUACCAUGAAAUCCACUUCAGUGUCUUAUUUUUGACAGUUAAAUAUCCUGAACAGCAGAUCAACAAACUCAUUUUUUAAAAUGACCAUUUCAUAAUCAUUACUUUUAACAUAAUAACAUGGAUGUUGCAGAACAACAAGGAACCAUUUUUUUCUUCUUUUAUCAUGCUGCAUUCAACAUUACCCUAAUGGUUAAAUAAUUUGUUUUCUUUGUCGUCUAUGUGUGAAAUUAGGGUAGCUUGUGCCUUUUAAAUUUCAACUUGAUUUCUCUUAUCUUUUUUUUUCCACUGUCCCCUCUACGUUUGUUUCAUUUCUUAGGACACUUAAUAUUUCUCAAAGGGUUAUGCUGUGGGAAUGUUUACUUUUGCGCUUAAAGGUCACAAAAUUUGAGCAGUGCCUUUUCUCAAUACAUAUAAUUAAAUAUAAAUGUAUCAAACAUAUUCGACAUUAGUUGGUGUUCUUGCAGUUUUUGGAUUUUUUUUGUGUUUGGCCCUCCAUGUUGUAUUGUACUUAUUGCUCAUAUGGAGUUGUGGUUGCUUUAAAUGCAGUAAUAAGAGCUAAACAUCACUGGUUUAUUAGGGAAAAUUAGCUUCUUUUCGCUUAUGAGCACACAACUCUUGCACCAGCCCAAAAUAUGUUUGUUUUACUACAAUAAAGGGAUGCUUAGAAUAAUUAUUGUUGUUAUUAUCCAAGGUUAAGUGCUUAAUAGAGGUCAUGAUAGUUGAGUGUCAGGUGAAACGCAUAAGCUACAUUUCUUUUUUUUCUUGGUUAUUUUGAUAAGCUCUUUUGAAUAAUGUGUUUUUUAUAAACUAACUUAGUGUUGUUUUCGACACACAGGAACAUUAAGAUAAGGGUGUCAACUCGUAGAUUUGAUUGCGACUUUUUUUUUCUUUCUUUCACUGUAAAAAUGAGCUAAUCUGUUGAUAUUGAGAUGUAAGUGACAUUCUGAUCCAUCCAGGAGGAUGACACACAGGGGUUAAUGUUGAUGCCAAAGAGUGUCAUUACCAUCUCAUGAAUUUUCUUUGUAUAUUAUGUGUUAUCUUAUUAUUAAUUUGCAGGCUGUGUUGUGCACAUUCAAGAAAGGUCAUUUAUAUACUCACUGUUAAAACACAUUUGCACAAGGCUCUCACUUUUUAUGUACAGUAUGCCUUUAUAUUGUAUAGUAUCUGAGCAUUUUCUAUUAUUUAUAUAAGUGCAUGUUCUAGAGUAAAAAGUCUAAAGAACUGGGUAAUUUUAACAAUGUUGGAAUAAUAUUUGUGUUCUGUUUGCCUGCAUGUGUGUAACAAUGUACGAGUGUUUGUAAAAUUGUGUGGCUGUGUGUGUUUUGGAAAGGAUGCUCUAAUCUCAACAGGAAUGUGACUUAGACAUUUUAUUGUCAUCCUAAAAAGUAUGAGAUGCUUAGACAGUAAAGCUUCGAUCAAUACAGAUUUCCUUUUUUUUUUUUAACAUUCAAACUGGCCAAAUAAAAUGAACGAGGCCCUACGAGAUGUCUGCAGGUAGGCAGUAUCUUAGUAGCCUGCUACAGGCAAGUUGCAAUGAUUUGUUGCUUUCUCUGGAAAUGUUUUUGUAUAUAUCACGCUAAUAGGUAUGCAAGUGAAGGUUAAAAUUGAAUAAAGGCAGUUGCU